CCCAGACUCUCUCUCUUCCUUUCUUCUCCCCCGAUCCCCAAAAUCUUAUAAUUAUAAUUCCGAUUCUUUUCCCUUCUCUUUCUCUCCCUCUUGGAUUUUAUGGCCAGAGCCCGCACCAGUGGACUCUCCAUUGAUUCACCAGAUCUCGCCACACCUCCGCCUCCUCCUCCUUCUCCUUCCACUCUCACUUCGACGACUCUAUCUAGUCAUACCGCCACCACCACCGCCCCGCCGCCCUCCUCCUCCUGCAGGUUCCUCUUCGCUCGCGACCACCACCAGAUUCCAACCAUCCUCAAUUCCCUCCCUCUCAUGGACUCCUCCUCCGACGCCGCCGCAGUUCGCUCUUCGUCUUCUCCUCCACCUCCUCCAUCUCAACCGGCCACAAUUCAGUUCCCGGUCAACCUCAACUCCUCCCCCUCCAACCGCCUCGCUCGUAAUCUCCUUCCCCGUGACGAUGCCAGCGACGAAGAUCAUCAUCAUCGAAGGAAGCUGAUCGGUGAGAUGGACUUCUUCGCCGACAGGAAUACUGGCAACGGCCUCGAUCUCAUGAGUAUCGACAGAGUCCCCGCCGCCGACGACCCUAACCGCGGAUUGGAGUUUAAAGUUAAUACCGGGUUGAACCUGCUGACCCCCAACACCAGCAGCGACCAGUCCAUGGUCGACGACGGCACCUCCUCGAGUAACGCCGACGAGAGACGAACCAAGACUGAGGCGGAGUUGGAGCGGGUGAAAGUGGAGAAUCUCCGGCUGAGAGAUAUGCUGAAUCAAGUCAACAACAACUACAGCGCGCUGCAGAUGCACGUAAUGACGCUGAUGCAGGAUCAGAAGCCGCCGCUCCCGCCGCCGCCGCCGGACGAGCAGGACAACAACGGUGGAGGAGCGGUGGUGGUCCCUCGCCAGUUUAUGGAUCUCGGACUAGCUAAUUCAUCCGCUGCGGCUGGCGGCGGCGGCACGACCGGCGACACGGAUGACCUGUCGUUGUCAUCGUCGGAAGGACGGAGCCGGGACCGGUCGAGGUCGCCGCCGACGGCGGCGGAGGAAGGUUCGACGAUGAUGGCGGCAUUCGAGGGAGAGAAGAAAGCGGCGGCGAGUGAGGAGAGUCCGGAUCAAGGAGGGUGGGGAGGAGGGAAUAAGGUAGCGAGAUUCAACAAUUCGCCGAAAAGCGUUGAUCAGACUGAAGCCACCAUCAGGAAGGCUCGCGUGUCGGUUCGAGCUAGAUCAGAGGCUCCAAUGAUCACUGACGGGUGUCAAUGGCGGAAGUAUGGGCAGAAAAUGGCCAAGGGAAAUCCGUGUCCUCGCGCCUACUAUCGCUGUACUAUGGCUACCGGUUGCCCCGUUCGCAAACAGGUGCAAAGGUGCGCCGAAGACCGUACAGUGUUGAUAACAACCUACGAGGGGACUCACAACCACCCACUGCCGCCAGCGGCAAUGGCGAUGGCCUCGACGACAUCCUCCGCGGCGAGGAUGCUGCUCUCCGGCUCAAUGUCCAGCGCCGACGGCCUAAUGAACUCCAACUUCCUCACCAGAACCCUCCUCCCGUGCUCCUCCAGCAUGGCCACAAUCUCAGCGUCGGCGCCGUUCCCCACUGUUACAUUGGAUCUAACCCAAACCCCAAACCCUCUCCACCUCCUCCAAAGGCAGCACCAACCGCCCAACCACCACCACAUCCAGCUCCCUUUCCCCCAGGGUGGCAGCGGCAGCAGCUUCCCCGCCGCCGCUGCAGCUGCCUUGCUGCCCCAGAUAUUCGGGCUUCACAACCAGUCCAAAUUCUCCGGGCUGCAGAUGUCCCAAGAUAUCGACCACCACAGUGCUGCCGCCGCUCAGUUCGGGGGCCAUCAGCAGAACCCGCUCGCCGAUACGGCCGCCGCUAUCGCCGCGGAUCCUAACUUUACGGCGGCUCUAGCGGCGGCGAUUAGUUCGAUGAUUAGUGGCGGCGGCGGUGGUGGCCAGGGAAAUAGUAAUGCGAAUGCCACCGCUAGCAACAGUAAUGGCGCAAUAAAUACGAGCAACGCUAAUGGUAGUAGUAAUAAUAAUAAUAGCACCGAUAAUAAUAAUAAUAAUAAAAUUAGAAAUUCUAGUUUUCCUGGAAAAUAAUUAACUUUCUGUUUGGGGCUCAAAUUUUUUUUUUUUUUUGUCUGGGUUGGGGUAUUAUUUUUUAUUCAUUGUUUUUCUUCUUCUUUUUACUGAUAUAUAUAUAGGGAGAGAGGGUGAGGGAAAGCAUAUAGAGUAUACGUGUUGAUUAAUCUUUUUUUUGGGGUUUCUUCACGGCGGAGGAGGGGACAGGUUUAGGCUUUAGCUAAAUUGCUAGCUAGGGUUUUUCUUUUAUAGUUAUGGUGAGGUAGAGUGUAAUAAUUUACUAUAGGGUUUUGGGUAGCUCUUUUUUUUUUUUUUUGUCUCCAAAUAAUUUCUUUCCAACUGUAUGUCAAUAUUGAAAGAAGAAACAAAAGAAAUGGACGAACCAGGGAAAUUUUUGUUUAAUAUCUAAUGAAGCUAGCAGCUGUUU